AUAACAGCGUGCAGUGCCGUGGAACUGGAAUGGGCGUGUCCUCUCCCCCUGACCCUCUCCCGCCCCUUGUCCCUCUGCUCACCCCCUCGCUCUCUCCUCCCUCUGCCGCCUUUAUAACUGCUCGGCGCCGCGAGGGCGCGAUCCCUGCCCACGGGCUCCCGCAGAACCUAUAGGGGCUACAGUGCUCCCUCCACGCGCUCGAAGCAGCGCCAAGUUCACGCGCCAAAGCCGAGGCAUCAGGGGCCAGAAUGUCCACAACAGCCCCUGCUGGUUGCCGCUCAGACCUGGACCCCAGGUACUACAGACUCUGUGAUAAGAAGGCAGCCUGGGGCAUCGUCUUAGAGGCGCUGGCCGGCGUGGGGGCUGUGGCCUCGGUGGCCUUCAUGAUCGCCCUGCUGGCCCUCAUCUGCAAGGUGCAGGACUCCAACAAGCGCAAACUGCUCCCCACGCAGUUCCUCUUCCUCCUGGGUGUGCUGGGGGUCUUCGGCCUCACCUUCGCCUUCCUCAUCACACUCGACGGCGGCACGGGGCCCACGCGGUUCUUCCUCUUCGGCGUCCUCUUCGCCCUCUGCUUCUCCUGCCUGCUGGUUCACGCCUUCAACCUGACGAAGCUGGUGCGAGGGAGGCAGCCGCUCUCCAUGCUGGUGAUGCUGGGCCUGGCCCUGGGCUUCAGUCUGGUGCAGGACAUCAUUGCCAUCGAGUAUGUGGUCCUCACCAUGAACAGGACCAACGCCAACAUCUUCUCUGAGCUUUCCCCGCCACGGCGCAACGAGGACUUCGUCAUGCUGCUCAUCUACGUCCUCUUCCUCAUGGCGCUGACCUUCCUCACGGCCUCUUUCAGCUUCCAGGGAUCUUUUACUGCCUGGAAGAGACACGGGGCCCAUAUCUACCUCGCCACGAUCCUCUCCAUUGCCAUCUGGGUGGCGUGGAUCACCCUGCUCUUGGUCCCUACCAUCGGCCCCCAGUGGGACGACACCAUCCUCAGUUCAGCCUUGGUGGCCAAUGGCUGGGUUUUCCUGUUGGCUUACAUUGCACCCGAGUUUCAGCUGCUCACAAGGCAACAGAACCCCAUGGAUUACCCUGUGGAGGAUGCUUUCUGUCAGCCUCAGUUUAUGAAGCAGAGCUAUGGCGUGGUGAACAGAGCUUACUCUCAAGAGGGGAUCAUUCAAGGUACUGAAGAGACAGGGAGCACGCUCUACGCGCCGUACUCCACCCAUUUCCAGCUACAGAAUCGAGAUUCCCCAAAGGAUUUCUCCAUUCCUCGGGUCCAGACUCGGGUUAGCCCUUACAGUGACUACGAAGGAAGGAAAGAUGUCAGUUAACAUGACCCAACGGGUGAGAUGAACUCAGCACGUCAACAGAAUCAGCAGGGAGUCCACAAGAUGAAGGCUGAGUCCUGAGUCUUCCCAGGAGCAUCACAGGAAGAUCUCUCCUCCCUCAUCCUCUGUCCUGGGGUUGAUGGGGCUGCAGGGACCACAGUUCUCAGCAGCACUGUGGCUGUUCCUUGAUCCUAUCCCAAGGCUACUUCUCUUGAGUGGGAGUCUCGGGCAACUCAGGGCAACUCUUACCAUCCCUGCCAUUUUACACGUGACUGAGGCUCUGGUCAUCUGACCCACACGCUGACCUCUUCAGCCUCCAACGCCAACUCUUCUGACUCUGGGCUGGCUUUGUGCCAAUCGCUUGGCUCAGAACAGAGUUGCACAUCUGAGCAAAACCAGCAAAGGAUCAUCUCUCAGCCCACUCUGCCCACAUCUACACUGGAAGCCAACUUACCGGUACCUCCCUUCUUGCCUGGCUGGGACAGGCUUAAGAGUCACCUGAAAUUUUCGCACCUCUGUGAUGCCGCCUAACCAGGGUCCCUAGCGCCAGCUCUCCCAGACGUGCUAUUGGUCCUCAGACUUACCUCCCUGCUGUGCCUUACCAGGGGCCGUCCCUCCAGACUGCACCAGGGUGUACAAGCCCGAAUUCUCUUUGCCAGGAGGAUGUGUGCUGUUUUGCUCUGAGUUCCCAUCCCCUUGCUCCUCAGCCUCUGUAAAUAGAAGUAUCCUGUGUUCACCCUCUGCAUUCUGGAAGUGGGUAUUGUCCACACACGGGCAGGGGGUUGUUUCUUGUAAAAUAAGUUAUUCGCCAUUCUUCCCUCCAGAUGCAAUAAAAGUGUGGCCACAGCCAUGUGAGCCGA